AUGCAAGAAGUCAAAGGAAAAUCUCCUGCUUCUUCAAAUCAAGGACCAAUAGUUUCCAAAUCACCUAAUAUAGAGAAAUGUAUCGGUCUUUCUAUUAAUGGGCAAGAAUUUGAUAUUGGAAUCUUCAAAAGUUCAUUAGAAUCGGCAGAAUACUUUAAGAUAAGAGAUAACAUCUGUUUUACUGACUCGGAAGUUAUAUUUGAAGAAGAAGCAACAGAAGAAUCACAAGAUUUUAUUCAAUCAUUUUUCACAGACUAUGUUCAAUACAUUGGAAUUAAGGAGAAAUCUCCAAAAGCUAAAAAACUAAAAGAAAAUAUUCACUACAAAAUUUCAUCAGAUUUUGAAGGUUACUUACAGUAUGAAUUCUCAACAAAUAGGUUUAAGAGCAUGAAACUAUAUCCAGAGCAGCUCUUAGCUCUCAUACUUUCAUACAUAAAACUCGGUUACGGGCAAGGAAUAAACAAAAUUAUCAUCGGUGUUGAUAGUUUGAUGCCAUUAAAACAACAGCUUUUGAUAUACGAUGCUGCUUCUAUCGCCGGAUUUACUAAAAUCGUUUUGGUUCCAGAAAUAAUUGCAUUCUCUACAAAUUACAUUAAAACAGCUCAAGAACGUAUCACCAACUUGGUGGUUAACCAUAAUAAUAUGUUCGGACACCUCACAUUUUCGAAUAAUCGAUUACAAUUAAAUUCAUUGGCCAAAAACGUGCAGAGCUAUCAAAAAUUGACUAAUAAAAUUAUAAUUGGUCAGCCGUUACAUCUAAAUGAUAAGAUUAAAAAUCAUUUUGAAACAAUUCAAAUUUCCGGAAGCAUUAUUGAAGGAAUUUUAGCUUUUCAUGCAUUAAACAUCAAGGCUUCUACAAAUAUAGAGGAUGAAAUCUCUCUUGGCCUUCCAAAUACCGGUCCACUCGUAUAUUGUUGCGAUAGCUUCGUUCCUUUUGUCAUUCAUAAUGAUUUACAGAUUGUUGUAUACACCAAUGAAGUCGAAGUAUGCAAAUUCACGAUCAUUUGUCCAGGAGAUCAAAAUUUAGUUGAUAUCAAAGCUUAUAUCGAAGAUUUUUCAAUAAUUUUCGAAACGGCAUUCGAAGAUAUGGACCCAGCAAAGCAGGUUUUCAAGAUCAGUGGCCACUCACAAAACGAAAUCGAAAUGAUGAAGCACGUUAAUGAGCAAAUUUUAGCUGAUGAAGGAGAUGAAAGUGACGAUGAUGGUGUAGAAUCCAAAUUAGAUGACUAUAUCAAAGCAGUAGACAAACUUUCCGCCGAAAAAACGAAAUGGGGAUUAGAUUUGAAGCAGAAAAUGACAGUAAGUGAGUUAUUGGUUAAAGAGAAAGUGGAUGUGAAUACUAUAUUUCAUGAUAAGAAGAUGUCUCAGCUUGAUUUCUCUGUAAGAUUCGCUCGUCUUGAAGAUUCUUUGAAACAAAUUGUUCCAAAGUAUGAACGUCCAUCAAACAUUAUAUGA